AUGGCAACUUUCUCAAAUAUGGAUGAGAGAAUUGAGAAAAUGAAGCAAGUUGCUCAACAUGGAAAUAUUGAUGCCUUUUACAUCCUAAUUAUGGAGGAUGUCAAACUUUUGGAGGACAUCGAUCAGCUAGUAACAACUACCAUUUGUCCAUUUGUCGAUACUCCUUUACACAUAGCUGCAUCUGCUGGGCACAUCCCAUUGGCCAUGGAGCUGAUGAGAUUAAAGCCCUCAUUUGCCUGGAAGCCAAAUCCAGAUGGGUUCAAUCCCAUUCACCUUGCUUUACUAAAUGGGCAAACCCAUAUGGUGCUUUGGCUUCUAAAGGUCGAUGGGAACCUUGUCCGUGUCCAAGGAAGGGAGGGUAUGACUCCUUUGCAUUAUGCAGCAAUAACAGAAGAUCACCUUGAUCUAUUGGACAAAUUUCUCAAAAUCUAUCCCAAAUCUAUUAAAGAUGUGACAAUUCGAAAUGAGAAUGCUCUGCAUAGUGCCUUGAAAUACGACAAGUUGGAGGCUUUUCUACACUUGGUGCGAUGGCUCAGAAAGAAUUGGUCUCAAAAUACAAUAUUGUGGGAGAGUGAAGUCCUGAACUGGAAGGAUGAGGAAGGCAACACAGCAUUGCACAUUGCAGUAUCCAAAAAUCAACCCAAGGCUGUGAGGAAGUUAUAAUAUUUUAGUGUUGAUAUAAACGCUAAGAAUUUAAACGGUAAUACAGCAGGGGAUAUGUUGGGACAACAAAAUCAAAUAGAAAAUCGCGAGAUCAAGGUUAUGCUACGGCGUGCUGGAGCUUUACCAGCUUCAUCUCUUCCUAAAGUAAUUUAUUAUGCACGUGACCUAUGGUCCUUAUUCUCAUAUAUUGAGAAAAAAUAAGAAUGCAUUGUAUUGGUGAAUGGACCGAAAUAUCAGACGACAUGCGCAAUAUGCUUUUGGUGGUUGCUACACUUCUUAUGACUGUCACGUAUCAAGGAGUACUCAGCCCUCCUGGGGGACUUUGGCAAGAUGACUACCAUUCUGAAGCCAAUAGCACAUUACCGGCCAUCAGAAAAUUCAAUUCAAGUGCUCCUAUUCCAAACGAAGCAGGGACACCCAUUGGUCUCAGAAAAUUUCCUUUUUGGGUGUUCUUGUCAUUAAAUUCUUUGACAUUUAUGCUCUCAUACUCAACAAUUCUUCUCCUCAUUCCA